AUGAAGAGCAUCAUGGAGCAACUUGCAGCAGGGGUGAAGACUGGCCCAUUGGCAAUUAUCACCACUGAUGUAUCACACGUCUCCUUUGGCUGGCUGGCCCCCUAUAUCCUAGCUGGCCUUGCAGCAUAUCCAGUGCUAUGCUCUUUUCUCCGUUUCCGCAAGAUGCGAUGGCUCCAUCGCAAGUACAAUUUCCCAACCCGCGAGUCUCUUGCUCGCAUGACCGAUGACGAAGCGUGGGAAAUUCAAAGGGUCAUCCUGCAGCAGGAGUUUCCUUUCUUUUACGUCAAAGCGCUACAAUUUGCGCUUUUCAGGACGUACGGCAUCCCCACUAUAUCGGGCCUCCUGACAGCAACGAGCCAAUUCUCGAACCCGGAGACAUCUCUCAAGCGCUACACCGACACCAGCGCCCUAAUCCAGGAAUUCAUGGGACAUCGCCCCUCCUCAGAGCGCGCCCGCGUUGCCCUCGCGCGCACCCGCUUCCUGCACUCUGGGUACCGCGCCGCGAGCAAAAUCAAAGAAGACGACAUGCUGUACACGCUCGGCCUCUUCGCCAUCCAGCCCGUCCGGUUCAUCGAGAAGUUCGAAUGGCGCACGUUGAGCGACAUGGAGAAAUGCGCCAUCGGUACCUUCUGGAAGAGCAUCGGAGACGGAAUGGACAUCAGCUACGAGAACCUCCCGUCAAGCAAGACGGGGUUCCGCGACGGCCUCCACUGGCUGGAGGAGAUCAUGGCCUGGAGCGAUGACUACGAAGUCCGAAGCAUGUUUCCGGACAUGAAGAACCGCGAGACGGCCGACCAGACCACCGCUGUGCUGGUGUACAUGAUUCCCGGCCCGUUGCAGCAUAUCGGGCUGAAAUUCGUCUCGUUCAUGAUGGACGAUCGCCUACGGAAAGCCAUGCUGUAUGACCCUCCCCCACCCGCCUACGCCAACGUAUUCUCCUUUCUCCUCCGCGCCCGCCGCUUCGUCAUGCGCUACCUCGCACUCCCCCGUCCGUACUUCCUGCGCUACGAACCCUACAAAGACAACCCAGACGAGCACAACCGCGUCUUCAUCACCCAGUGGGACGCAGCCCCCUACUACGUCAAGCCAACCUUCUGGAACCGCUGGGGCCCAACCGCCUGGCUCACCUGGGCUCUGGGAAAGCCGCUUCCUGGCGACAUGGGCGAUAAGUACUACCCGCAGGGUUACUACACUGCCGACGUGGGGCCAAAAUACUUCGAAGGGAAGGGCCGACAGACCAUGGAGAAGAUCAUGGAAGAGCUCAAAAUCUCGAGGACGGGGAAGUGUCCGUUCAUUUGA